AGCUUUGAACUUCUCGAGAAAGGUCAAUCGUAUUUCCACCACUGAUCAUCCCCCAACGAUCCCUUUUAAGAAAUCGACAUUCAACGCCAUGAUAUUUAAAAACAUAAAAAUAGUAAAUCGCUAUUUUAAUAGUUUUUCUUCUUCUUUAAUAUCAAAUUAUAAAUUGCAAAACGUCACUUCCGUCAAUGACGUUUCGUUUACUGCUUCGGAAAUCAAAUUGCAAAGCAACUAUUGCCACAUCCUUUGAUAUGGAUAGGCGUUUGAUAAGUGCACACUUAAAACUUUAUGUUCUUUGAAGAAUCUUAGCAUAACCGUCGAGUAGCUAUAAGACGAUGCACCGUUUAUCACUCACAUAAAUAUAAAAAGAGGAUCACAUUAGUAAGAAUGGAUUACGAUAAAAUUGUGUUUAAUUUACGAGGUGAACGUGAAUUAGUACAAAAGAAGACCUUCCAAAAAUGGGUGAACUCCCACUUGGUCCGGUGUUCCUGCCGAAUUGGCGACCUGUACGUCGAUCUUCGAGAUGGCAAGAUGCUCAUCAAACUGCUAGAGAUCCUUUCCGGAGAGCGUUUGCCACGACCGACGAAAGGAAAAAUGCGAAUUCAUUGUUUGGAGAACGUCGACAAAGCGUUGCAGUUCCUGCGCGAGCAAAGAGUCCACCUGGAAAACAUGGGAUCCCACGACAUAGUGGAUGGAAAUCCGCGUCUGAGCUUGGGUCUCAUUUGGACCAUCAUUCUGCGGUUCCAGAUCCAGGAUAUCACGAUCGAGGAGACGGACAAUCAAGAGACGAAAUCGGCGAAGGACGCGUUGCUCCUUUGGUGUCAAAUGAAAACGGCUGGUUAUCAUAAUGUUAACGUGAGAAAUUUCACCACGUCCUGGCGCGACGGAUUAGCUUUUAACGCCAUCAUUCACAAACACCGUCCAGACUUGAUUCAGUUCGAGAAACUAUCUAAAUCCAAUGCUAUUUAUAAUUUAAAUAACGCGUUCAAUGUAGCCGAGGAUAAGCUUGGUCUCACUAAACUGUUAGAUGCGGAAGAUAUAUUCGUCGACCAUCCUGACGAGAAGUCGAUCAUCACCUACGUGGUAACGUAUUACCAUUACUUCUCGAAGAUGAAGCAAGAGACUGUCCAGGGCAAGAGAAUCGGCAAAGUGGUCGGCAUCGCCAUGGAAAACGACCGCAUGAUACACGAGUAUGAGAGUCUGACCAGCGACUUGUUGCGUUGGAUCGAGGGUACCAUAGAGGCACUGGGAGAUCGUAGAUUCGCCAAUUCUUUGGUUGGUGUUCAAUCGCAGCUUUCCCAGUUCUCCAACUACCGUACCGUGGAGAAACCCCCGAAAUUCGUGGAGAAGGGUAACUUGGAAGUCUUACUGUUCACGCUACAGUCGAAGAUGCGAGCAAAUAAUCAAAAACCGUACACGCCGAAGGAAGGUAAAAUGAUCUCGGACAUUAACAAGGCUUGGGAGAGAUUAGAAAAAGCGGAACACGAACGAGAGUUGGCCUUACGCGAGGAACUGAUUCGUCAGGAAAAACUGGAGCAACUAGCGGCGAGAUUCAACCGAAAGGCUAGCAUGAGGGAGACCUGGUUGUCCGAGAAUCAAAGAUUGGUAUCUCAGGAUAACUUCGGUUUUGAUUUGGCUGCUGUGGAAGCUGCGGCAAAGAAACACGAGGCCAUCGAAACCGAUAUCUUCGCGUAUGAGGAACGUGUCCAGGCUGUGAUGGCUGUUUCGCAAGAAUUGGAGACCGAGAAUUAUCAUGACAUUGAACGCAUUAAUGCCCGCAAGGACAAUGUUCUGAGACUUUGGAACUACUUACUGGAGCUACUUAGAGCUAGAAGAAUGAGGCUGGAAUUGUCCCUACAGUUGCAGCAGAACUUCCAGGAAAUGUUGUACAUUCUCGAUAGCAUGGAGGAGAUCAAGAUGCGUUUGCUAACUGAUGACUAUGGAAAACACCUUAUGGGUGUUGAAGACCUCUUGCAGAAGCAUUCUCUGGUCGAGGCUGAUAUCAACGUCCUAGGAGAAAGAGUGAAAGCUGUAGUUCAACAAAGUCAGAAGUUCUUGGAACACGGAGAAGGCUAUCGUCCUUGCGAUCCAACGAUCAUCGUCGAACGCGUGCAGCAACUUGAAGAUGCAUACGCAGAACUGGUACGUCUGGCUGUCGAACGCAGAGCCAGACUCGAAGAGUCUCGCAAAUUGUGGCAGUUCUACUGGGAUAUGGCUGAUGAGGAGAACUGGAUCAAGGAGAAGGAGCAGAUAGUGUCGACUGGAGAUAUUGGUCACGACCUAACCACUAUCAACCUCCUGUUGUCGAAACACAAAGCUCUAGAGAACGAAAUUCAGUCUCAUGAACCACAGCUGAUGUCUGUGGCUGCUGUGGGAGACGAACUAGUCCGGCAGCAACACUUUGGGUCUGAUCGUAUCCAGGAAAGACUUCAGGAAAUCCUGGGAAUGUGGAACCAUCUUCUGGACUUGGCUGCUUUCAGGAGAAAACGUUUGGAAGAGGCCGUCGACUACCAUCAACUGUUCGCGGAUGCUGAUGACAUUGACAUUUGGAUGUUGGAUACCUUGAGACUCGUUUCGUCAGAAGACGUUGGCAGAGACGAAGCAAAUGUACAGUCUUUGUUGAAGAAACAUAAGGAUGUGACUGAUGAACUGAAAAACUAUGCUACCACGAUUGAUCAACUACAUCAACAGGCAUCUGGACUUGGCGAACAGGAUGCUAAAUCGCCGGAAGUUCUAGAAAGACUCGCUUCUAUCGACUCGAGGUAUAAGGAACUCAUGGAACUGGCUAAGCUGCGUAAACAGAGACUGUUGGAUGCAUUGUCGUUGUACAAGUUGUUCAGCGAAUCUGAUGGAGUUGAGCAAUGGAUCGGCGAAAAGAACAGAAUGCUGGAAACGAUGGUUCCGGCUAAAGACAUCGAAGAUGUGGAGAUCAUGAAGCAUCGAUACAAUGGUUUCGAGAAAGAAAUGUACGCCAAUGCUUCUCGAGUUGCUGUUGUGAAUCAACUGGCCAGACAAUUGCUGCACGUCGAACAUCCUAACUCUGAACAGAUAGUAGCUCGUCAGAACGAAUUGAACCAGAAAUGGGCAGAAUUACGCGAAAAGGCGGAGAACAAACGUGACGAGUUGAACUCUGCGCACGGUGUGCAGACCUUCCACAUCGAGUGCCGCGAGACAGUGUCCUGGAUUGAGGAUAAGAAACGUAUUCUCCAGCAAACGGACAGUUUGGAGAUGGACUUGACCGGAGUUAUGACUUUGCAGCGUCGGCUGAGUGGCAUGGAACGCGACCUGGCAGCCAUACAGGCCAAGUUAGACGCUUUGGAAAAGGAAGCCGAAAACAUUCAGAAACAGAACUUGGAAGAUCCAGAAGUGAUUCGGGAAAGAAUCACUCAGAUUCAUACUAUUUGGGAACAGCUGACUCAGAUGCUGAAGGAGCGCGACGCCAAGUUGGAGGAAGCCGGCGACCUGCACAGAUUCCUGAGAGACCUCGACCACUUCCAGGCAUGGUUGACCAAGACUCAGACCGAUGUUGCCAGCGAGGAUACGCCGACCACGUUGGCCGAUGCCGAAAAAUUACUCACGCAGCACCAGAACAUCAAGGAAGAGAUCGACAACUAUACCGACGAUUACCAGAAGAUGAUGGAGUAUGGCGAAAGAUUAACCAGCGAGGCCGGUGCCGGCGACACGCAAUACAUGUUCUUGCGAGAGAGAUUGAACGCCUUGAAAAUGGGCUGGGAAGAAUUGCACCAGAUGUGGGCCAACAGGAAGCUGUUGCUGUCUAACUCGCUGAACUUCCAGGUGUUCGAUCGCGACGCUCGUCAAGCAGAGGUGCUUUUGUCCCAGCAAGAGCACAUUCUCGCCAAGGACGAGACACCAGCGAACUUCGAGCAAGCUGAGCACAUGAUCAAGCGGCACGAGGCCUUUAUGACGACCAUGGACGCAAACGACGAGAAGAUCAACUCUGUGGUGCAGUUCGCCGGACGACUUGUCGACAAGGGACACUUUGCGGCUGACAAAGUCAAGAAGAAGGCGGAGAGCAUCAACGAACGGCGUCGCAUUAACCGCGAGAAGGCCAAUCAGUACAUGGAGAAACUGAAGGAUCAACUGCAGCUGCAGAUGUUCCUGCAGGAUUGCGAGGAGUUAGGUGAAUGGGUACAGGAGAAGCACAUCACUGCCCAAGAUGAGACUUACAGAAGCGCGAAGACCGUGCACAGCAAGUGGACUAGGCAUCAGGCAUUCGAGGCGGAGAUCGCGAGCAAUAAGGAUCGUCUACAGCAAUUACAGCAAGCUGCUGAGGAAUUGAUUCAACAGAAACCGGAUUUGGCGGAUAUUAUUAAGCCAAAGGUGGCCGAAUUGGCUGAUCAGUUCGAGGAACUCGAGACCACUACUCACGACAAAGGCGAACGUUUGUUCGAUGCGAAUCGUGAAGUCCUUAUUCACCAGACCUGCGACGAUAUCGACUCAUGGAUGAACGAACUGGAGAAGCAGAUCGAGAGCACGGACACAGGUUCCGAUUUGGCCUCCGUGAACAUUCUGAUGCAGAAGCAACAGAUGAUUGAGACGCAGAUGGCGGUCAAGGCUCGACAGGUGACGGAACUGGACAAACAAGCCGAACACUUGCAACGUACGGUACCGGAAGACAAAAUGGAGGAGAUCAAGUGCAAGAAGGAGAAGGUUGCGCAAAGAUUCGCACAGCUGAAGGCACCGUUGAUCGACCGACAGCGUCAGUUGGAAAAGAAGAAGGAAGCCUUCCAGUUCAGACGCGACGUGGAGGACGAGAAGCUCUGGAUCGCCGAGAAGAUGCCUCAAGCUACCAGCACCGAGUAUGGCAACUCCCUAUUCAACGUACACAUGCUGAAGAAGAAGAACCAAUCUCUGCGCACCGAGAUCGACAACCACGAACCCAGGAUCAACCUAGUCUGCAACAAUGGACAAAAGCUGAUCGACGAAGGCCACGAGGAUAGUCCUGAGUUCCGUCAGCUUAUCUCCGAGCUAACAGAGAAGUGGAAGGAACUGAAAGACGCCGUCGACGACAGAAACAAACAUCUACUACAGAACGAGAAGGCCCAACAAUACUUCUUCGACGCGACCGAAGCUGAAUCAUGGAUGAGCGAGCAGGAGUUGUACAUGAUGGUGGAGGAUCGUGGCAAAGACGAAAUCUCGGCACAAAACUUGAUGAAGAAGCACGAGUCCUUGGAGCACGCUGUGGAAGAUUACGCAGAGACCAUCCGCCAGCUUGGAGAGACAGCGAGACAGUUAAUCAAUGAUCAACAUCCUCUGGCUGAUCAGAUUGCCGUUAAGCAAUCUCAGGUGGACAAGUUGUACGCUGGACUAAAGGACCUGGCUGGCGAACGCCGAGCCAAGCUGGACGAGGCUCUUCAGCUGUUCAUGUUGAAUAGAGAGGUAGAUGACUUGGAACAGUGGAUCGCAGAGAGAGAACUGGUCGCUGGAAGUCACGAGCUGGGUCAGGAUUAUGACCAUGUGACGCUUCUGUGGGAGAGGUUCAAGGAGUUCGCUAGAGACACCGAGGCGAUAGGCUCAGAAAGGGUAGCAGCCGUGAACGGUAUCGCAGAUUCUUUGAUAGCAACAGGUCACUCUGAUGCAGCUACCAUCGCCGAAUGGAAGGAUGGACUGAACGAGGUUUGGCAAGACUUGCUCGAGUUGAUCGAGACUCGCACACAGAUGCUGCAAGCCAGUCGAGAACUGCACAAGUUCUUCCAUGACUGCAAGGACGUACUUGGAAGAAUCCUGGAGAAACAGAACGCAAUGUCUGACGAGCUCGGUCGCGAUGCUGGCUCCGUUUCCGCUCUUCAACGGAAACACGCCAACUUCAUACAGGACCUGUUCACGUUGCAGAGCCAAGUGUCACAGAUUCAAGAGGAAUCAGCUAAAUUGCAGGCGAGCUAUGCUGGUGACAAAGCUAGGGAGAUAACGAACCGUGAAGGAGAGGUUGUCGCAGCAUGGAAGAACCUUCAGGCCCUCUGCGAAGGAAGAAGAACGAAACUGGAAGAUACCGGUGACCUCUUCCGGUUCUUCAACAUGGUCAGAACCCUGAUGAUCUGGAUGGACGACGUAGUGCGCCAGAUGAACACGACCGAGAAACCUCGCGAUGUGGCAGGAGUUGAACUCUUGAUGAACAAUCAUCAAAGCUUAAAGGCUGAGAUAGAUGCCAGGGAGGACAAUCUGAUGGCUUGCAUCAAUCUGGGCAAGGAUUUGUUAGCUAGGAAUCAUUAUGCCAGUUCUCAGAUCAAGGAGAAACUGGCGGCUCUCACUGAUCAUAGAAACGCGUUGCUGCAUAGAUGGGAAGAGCGUUGGGAGAAUUUGCAGCUCAUUUUGGAGGUGUAUCAAUUCGCUAGAGAUGCCGCGGUCGCCGAGGCAUGGUUGAUCGCUCAAGAACCAUAUCUUAUGAGCCAAGAACUUGGCCACACGAUUGACGAAGUGGAGAACCUUAUUAAGAAGCACGAAGCAUUCGAAAAGUCGGCAGCUGCGCAAGAAGAAAGGUUUAGUGCCUUGCAUCGACUCACUACCUUUGAGUUGAAAGAAAUGAAGAGGAGAGAACAAGAGCGAGAGGAAGAGGAGAGACGUAAAAAAGAGGAGGCUGCAGCAGCUGAGGCAGCUCGAUUAGCUAAAGCAACGCCAGUAACUAGUCCCGAUGAACCACCCAGUGAAAGAGCUGAAGCUGAAGGAGUACCUAGCGGAGAACGACCCACCGGUGAAGACGAGUCACAUGUGGCACAUCGCAAGGCUUCUACACGUACACCACAGCCUCAAGACAAGCCCAAGGAAGUGCAUGCUCAGAAACCUGCACGUCUAUCCAUACGAAGAGAAGGAACACCACCUGCCACCCCCUCGUCCACGAAACCUCCUAAGGGUCUAUCUAGUCCAACAACUCCAAAAGGUGGAAGCGGUUCCGAGUCUGGUACUUUAAGACGUAAGGAACGUAGUCGCAGCAAGUCACCGUUCAGAAGCUUCCGUUGGAGAAAAUCUGCCAAGUCGCCGAGUUUAGAUCGCAGUGGCGUGAGUGAUGAUGAACGCAGUAUUUCCGAACAACGAAGUCCCAGCGACGACGAAUUUGAAGGCGUGUUGCAACGAAAGCACGAAUGGGAGAGCACAACGAAGAAGUCGUCCAAUCGAUCCUGGCACAAGGUGUACAUGGUCGUUCGUGGACAGAGUUUGUUUGUAUAUACCGAUCAAAAGUCGUACAAGGCUGCACCAGAUCAACCGUACAAAGGAGAAGCCCCUCUGGAUCUCAAAGGAGCAACUAUUACUGUAGCAAGUGAUUACACUAAGAGGAAACAUGUCUUCCGUGUAAAGUCGCAAAGCGGAUCCGACUUCCUAUUCCAGGCUAAAGACGACGCUGAAAUGAACGAAUGGGUAACGGUGUUGAAUCAAGCUACGCAAGGUACAUCAGGUGCAAGUACGUCCAGGGCGCAUACUUUGCCCGCUCCUACACAAGCCGAGACCAAGCGGCGUAGUUUCUUCACUCUCAAGAAAAACUAAACCGGAGCAGUGAAGUACGGUAUAAGCCGCUCAGCACAACACAAACAGUUUAAGAGAAAUGUUUCGUCGCUCUGCGUGGUUAAAAAGCAACGCUGAUCGUAAAAAAAUUAGGAGACACAAACACGAACACACGAAUAACACACGGAAGUGGUAUUUAACGAAACGAAUCGAAGAACGACCCUUACUAAAUCUUGUCGUUUAACGAAACGCCUACAUCUACGACUACUAUUCGCCAUGGAAAUCAUAGAGAGUAUUUAAACAGCUGUCUGUAUGUGUUAAAACAUUUCACUCGCGUAUAGGCCAUUCGAAAUCUCUAAAUGCGUUCUUUUUUAUUUUCUCUUCUCUUCGAAGGAAUUUUUGGACACUUUGCAAUAUAUCGCUAGUUGAAAAGGUGACACACACAUACACACAUUUGAUAUGUCCCACGUUAGCGUGGUUAAAAUUCAUUCACACAUGGAUAUAUGAUCACUAAAAAAUUGAUCGUGCACGAUAUCCAUAUGUAUUAGUCGAAAACUGCGAUAAAAAUUAAAUUUAUAAUUACUAAUAUGUAUCAUUGCUUAAUAACACGACGUAUUUUUGAUUCUUAAAAACAUUGUUUCUUUUAAUUGGUAUCGCGUUGCUGUAGUUCUGUAUGUAAGUCAAUUAUAUCAAUAUUUACAAUUACAAAACUUUUAACUAAGUUGCAUACUAUGUUUUUAGAAUGUUUGAUAUUAUGAACUAUUAUAUGUUUCGUUAUUUUAAGUGUAAAAAUGUUCGCGAAAUUAAGUAAUGCUUUGUAUAUUGUAUAGAGAAAUUUUGUAGCAACUUAAGAGCGAUAUUUCUACAUUGUAUUUUAACAAAUUUUAGCAGAACUCGUUUGGCAACUUGAUACCUUGCUCGUUGAAUCGUAAGUUACAAUUAUUUUAUUUUAAUGUCAAAAAAGCUCAAUCGAUGCACGUUUCAUUUCUACUUUGUUUCUUGCUCAUGCACCUUUGUAAUCUUUUAAUUUCACGUUUUUCCGCAAACGGUUCGUUUGCGUUUCGAUGACUGCCAUAUAUUUUUAAGAAGCACACUAACUUGGGACAUAAUAUAUAUAUAAAUAUAUAAAUAAAUAUAUAAAUAUUAUAUAUAUAAAUAUAAAUAUAAAUUAGCUUUUAACAAAUUGUUAAAUAUAUGCUGCGCCCUAAGGGAAUACGCAUUGAAGGAUUAUAAAAACGAAGAAAUGGAACAUUGUGUAAUAAUUCAGAGUUUCCUCUUACACGAUCCCAAAUAUCAUGAUUCUACGGAAUUAAAAAGGAAGAAAAACAUCUAAGAGGAGGAAAAUGAGAGAUAUUUAAUUGUUCUUUAGACGUAUCUGCAUAUAUGAUGAAACAGUUCUUGUCAAGCGAACUUGUAUCUUUAAAAAAAAAACAGAAAUUCCAUCUUGAAAACAUCUCGCUUGAUUUGAACUGGUCGUCCACGUUGCGAUUCGCGCGUUUGUUAACUUUCUUAUCUAUUUUCUUUUUUAAAUAUUUAUCAUGUUCGUUUUGUUUCAUAGGGUGUAAGAAUUUCAAUGUGACCGUGCUUUUGACUACAAUUUUUCAAUGGACAUUACAAAUGAAUGGAGUUCUUUUUCUUUUCCUUUUUUAAAGUUUGUUUCCAUGUAUUUUGUAUUGGCUGAUUUCAAUGCGACUCGAUUAAACCGAUAUCGACUUGUUCCGCGCAUUCGGAAUGAAUCCUGUUUAAGAUUUCCCUCAAUGAAUAUUUUUACUACAUUGUACCGUGCGCUGCUUCACUGAUUUGUAAAUACCAUCACAAAGUAAACGCAGUGUAUGUCUAGAUAAUACGGCAGGCGUUAAUUAAUGGUCUUAAUCAAAAAAGUAAAAAAGAAAUAUCGAUGACAUCGUACGCUUUUUUUUCUCUUGUUCAAUGCAUGUGCAUUUAGUGGAUAUUUUUUAAACAUUUGGAGUCGCAUUGCUACACUAUAAACAACUUGAUAUUUCAUAGCUAUGUGUUUUAUAUAUAAAUAUAAAUAAAUAUGAAAUAAUGAUGAACAGUAAAUUAUAAGAAAUAAAAAUUAUUAUAAUAGAUAAUAUAUGAUUAUUGUAAAACUACUUGGUGGUACUUCUUGCACAGAAUUAUCCCAAGAAUGUUUCCAUCCACGUUCAUGUGUCCUACGAAUUUGUUUGAAUUUAAUACAGGCAGCUUAUAGGUACUAUCAAAUUUAAAGGAUUAUCUCUUAAUUCGAAAAUAAUUCUUAUUAUUAAAUUUGGAUCAAUCUGUACAAGUUUGAAUUACAUCGUUUAUUUAAUUAGU